GCUCUGCGGUCCUGCAUCCUGCCAUCCCGCCGCACCACAUGGAGACUGAAUAGAGCUUCAGUAAACGGGGAAUGAUAGGGAAAGAAGGUGGACCGUAUUCCUCUGUCGGCUGGCUAUAUGAACCCGCACAGCAUCUGCUUCUCCUGACAAAGCAAAGGCAAACACAGAGAUGAGGGCGAGGGAAAGUAAUGCCGGUACUUAUUGCGGUCUGCGUCAAACCUCUUGCUGCUUCAGGAGAUGAUGCCCUCGGUGCCUCUUAAAGGACUUUCUGGGUUUAUUAUUUGCUUGUGAACACCCAUGCUGCAGGGGUCCAUGUUAGUAUCUCGGGGUAAACAUCCAGCAGGGACAGUGAUGGCCACCCCAUCUCCAGCCGCCCAGUCACUCUCAGCAUCUGCAUUGUAAGGAGAAACUCGCCCUGGGGUGAGUGGGAUACUGAAGGAAUAUGCAGAGAUAAAAAACCAAAAAAACAAAAACAAAAACAAAACCACAACAGCAGUUUUUUGUUGUUUCAUCCAAACCAGACAGAGCCAUAGUUGGAUUACCGGGUGUUGUUGUGCACCACCAUGAACUCUCUUUUUUUCUCCGACACUCCGCCCGGUCCGGUCUGUAACGUCCCUAGCGGGUCCGGCGCGGUGACCAGCGCCCUGCGAAAUGACCUGGGCUCCAACAUCCAUGUGCUGAAAACCCUCAACCUGCGAUUCCGCUGCUUCCUUGCCAAAGUCCAUGAACUGGAGAGGAGAAAUAAACUGCUGGAGAGCCAGCUGCAGCAAGCUCUGCAGAGACCGCAGUACCGUCACCUCUACGCCCGCGAAGUUGCAGUGCAGACGGACGGUCCCGAGUCGCGUCUGCCGGGAACCAUCUGGAGUUUCACCCACGUCCGGAGGCAAGGGGAACGUUUCGAGACCCUGCAUGGGCCCGGAGUGACGUGGACGCAUCCGGACGGAGUUGGGGUCCAAAUUGACACCAUUACCCCGGAACUGAGGGCUCUGUAUAACGUGUUGGCCAAAGUGAAGCGGGAGAGGGACGAGUACAAGAAAAGAUGGGAGGAGGAACUGUCCAAACGGGAGCAGCUGGAGUCCACGGUGGAAUCCCUGCAGCAGAGUGCCCGGGAGUCAUCAGAGAUCCAGGAUGAGCUGAGCGAGAAGGUGGACAGGCUGAAGGCUGAACUCGUGGUCUUCAAGAGCCUGAUGAGUGAUCAAAUGUCUGACCUGGACUCCAAGAUUCAAGAGAAAGCCAGGCGGGUGGACAUGGACAUCUGCAGGCGGAUCGACAUUACAGCCAAACUGUGCGAUGUGGCUCAGCAACGCAACUCCGAGGACAUGUCCAAGAUGUUCAACGUCAGUCCAGCCAGGUCGCUCCCAGAGAAGGGUGCCAUGGCCUGCUGCAGGAGGAAAGAGCGUAAAACCAUGUCCGAUGAGGAGAAUUCAGAAAUGGAUGCCGAGCCCAGCCCUUCAGAGGAGGAGGUCCCCGGGUCACUCAACAUCACGGAUGAAAUGAAACGCAUGCUCAACCAGCUACAUUGUUCAGAUAACUCCUUUGUUGCCAGGCGCGAGACAUUCGACAUCGACGACGACUGUGACAGUCUGACAUGGGAGGAAAACGAGGAGACGCUGUUGCUGUGGGAGGACUUCACAAACUACAAUGUACCCUGCGCCAUCACCGCAACGACCUGCACGUCCACGGGCCCCUGCGACGGUAACGGUGACGUCGCCGAUCCAGACUCCCAGGAUGGAAGUCUUGGCAGCCUCAUUGAUGAAACAGAGUCACUAUUUAAGACCAGAGAGCAGGAGUACCAGGAGACCAUCGGCCAGAUCGAGAUGGAGCUGGCCACAGCAAAGAGUGACAUGAACCGACAUCUGCAUGAGUACAUGGAGAUGUGCAGCAUGAAGAGAGGCCUGGACGUGCAGAUGGAGACCUGCCGACGGAUGAUUAAAGGUGGCAGGAACUCUCCUUCUUUCAGCUCUGUGGCCAGCAGCGACUCAGGGAACACAGAUGAGAUCCAGGACGAGAUUUCAGACAAGGACGCAGAGGCCGAAGUCUCCGUUAGUUGAUGGUUGCAUAGCCGGGCUUUGUCCCAUCUCCUCCUUGACCACCCCUUUUUAUCACAGGGGUUAAAUAUGUAUAGAGCUCCACCUGGCUAGAGGUGGACCAACUUAAAUCUGGUCCUGUUUGACCUGGUAAAGUUCUGAUGGUCGUGCUCACUGAUGCAGUCUCAGAACUGGUGCUUUUAUACUAUUUCUGUUGUUUAGAAAGUGGUGGGGAGAGAGGCGGGCGUCUUUGCUUCACAAAGAGAAAAAGGGUGCAUAUUGAGUCCGAGCUGUGCUUUCUUCCUCACUGCUGCCUCGCUGGAUUCUUGUCCAGAGCUUCACAUCAUUUUUGGGGAGAGAAAAAGACAUUCUCAAAUGUUUUAAACUGGCUGAGAAGUAUUUUCUACAAAUUCUUACCCUAUAUUAAUGUCCUUUUAUUCUAAAGGAAUUGAAAAUAGUACAUAUUGUGCUUCUUGUUCGGUGAACAACAAAUACAUUAUUCAUAGAAAAUAAAGUACAUCCAUCUUUUAAAUUUUAAUAUUCCUUUUAGAUUGCAGAAAGUCCGUUCCCCUUGAUUGGAAUACUGUUUUGUGUUUUUGUCUUAUUUAAGUCCAGGUGGGCUCAUUUGCAAUCCAGAGUCUCUUCUGCCAAGAAGACAAAAUAAGAGGUGGAGACAAAUGGUGUUGGAGUUCUGGUGGUUUCUGAGGGAACUCUGCAGGGUUGCCAAAGUUGACAGAGGAAAGGAGCACAGCCUUUGAUGCAUCAGUGCACUACUGAAGUUCUAUGCAAUUUAGCUGGCCUUAUUUUCAGACUGGCUUUCACCUUUCAUCAUUUCUCUUAAAACCAAUACGAUUAGCCUUUUAAGCAAAGCAGGUGUUUUCUAUGUAUCAUUUUAAGAAGUCUUUUUUUGUGUGUGAGUGUGUUUGAGUGUGAAAAAAAAGUCUUUAGUUGGGAUAUUUGUUUUUUCAUGGACAUCAACAAUAAAAACUUGGAACAGCGCCCCCUGAACGAGGGACUGAUAUCUUUAUCCAUGACAAUAAUAUAGAUAACUAGCUACUUGCUGCUGAAAGAGAAGUUCUGAUUCAGAUGUACCUCAGUGGGGAAACAUUGUUCUUAUCUUGUGCAGUUUAGUUUUUAUAAAAGAAAUCCAAUAAAGUUAUCAAAGCCAAAACAGGCUCUGAAACCUAUUAAGCAAAACCAAAGGACACAUAUUGAAAAGUUUCUCUUUCACACAAUCAUUCAUAAACAAUCCUAAUUUUUAAUUCAUUGUAUUUUGGAGAAAAGAUUUCUUUGUUUAUGUGUGGUGUUAUUUUCCACCUAAAUGACCACAGAUUAUUUCCUCCUGUCCUGCAGGGGACUCUGUUCCAGACAGGUUGCACAUCCUGCUUUGUCCUUUCUGAAUCGGGGCUACAUGUGUCAGACUGUACAUAGAGAGCUGUAGGCAUGUGAUCGUAUACCCCAGAGGCCUUUUUGUUCAUAUUAGUCUUUUGCAACAGUUUGAGAUGUCUCACAAUUUCGCUUUUCAGUGCUUCCACUGGAUUAGCGUAGAAACUGAGCGACGCAUGGGGACAGAAGUGAUCUUUUUAUCACCUCUUUGUAUUAUAAUGUAUGUAGGGUUUGCUGGAUCAAAGAUAAGUGCUACUUCUAUCUUGAAGAUUUACAGAAGCAGAAUGUCAAAAUACAGGCCUUUUGUUAUUUCAGCAUGUUUCUGUGGAGAAAAGGAGCUAUGGGUCUUUUUUUUAUAACAUUAUUUUUUGAACUAAAUAGCUGCAAUGCAGACUGUGCGCUACGUUUUUAAUCAAAACACUGUCUAUCCUAAUCAUUGAUUACUUGUAUUUGUGGCAGAAACUGUAUUUUUCACUGUUUUUAAUCAUUCUGUGUUAACCAAAAAGUGUGUUAAUCUCACCAUAUUCAGCUUUUAUUAUAUUUUCGGGACUAUUAAAUUUGUUCCAGAUGUUUUGGUCAUUUAUUGACUAACUCAGACCACCCAUAAUAAAAUCUAAUUGAUUGUAUCAGACAAGAAUGAGAAGCAGACUUACUCACAGAGAAAAGUUCACAUGCUUUUUUUUUUUGUUUGUUUGAGUUGAUGUAAAACCAGCCUGAUAAGUAACAAAGAGCCAUUCUUUUAU